CUGUGAGUGUGCAGCGCGUGUGAGUGCGUGUGCGGGGGCGUGCUCCCCGUGUGUGCGCGGCGUGCGCUCGCCGGGGAGCUGCGGGGACUCGGCGACCCGGAGCGUCCCUCCCGCGGUGCUGCGGUGCGGAAGUCGGGGCGCGUUGGCGCGCGCACUCGCUGCCCCGACGCCUUGCCCGCGCCGCGGGGCAGCGGGCCUGGGGCUUCGUUCAGAAGUGGCUCUUCCCAGGGCCUGCUGCGCCUCUGGCCGCGUGCCCAGCCGCGCGCUGGGUGCGACUGGCCGGACCAGAUAGGGCCUCCCGGCGAGCCGCGGCCGCCUUAUCUCGCGGGCCCUCCUUGCCCGCGCUGCAAUCUGGGGGGCGAGGCCGCUCGGGAGUCUGCAGUUCGCGCAGGCUGCGCGUCUGCGGGUGCGGCGGCGGCGAACGGGCCGGCCCUGGCCGGGAACGCGCGUGUGGAUGGGCGCUGGGAGCUGGCCAGAACCGAAAGGGGCAGAUGUCGUUGGGCAUCGCCGCCCUCGCCCCACCUGUCGCGGGUAGACUUUGGGGCAGGUAGGAAGCGGAGGAAAGGGCUUUCCAGGAGGGCGUCAGUCAGACCUUGAGCAGGCGGUCCCAUUGUGAAAAUGCCAAACUCUAGUGGUGGCAUCUGCGAAUCUGUGCCAGAAAGGAGAAGGGAACACGAAGGGAAUGAUGGCCCUGUCCUUUUCCCUUUGCAAGUGUUCCACAUCCUUAGGGUCUCCCUGUUUCUCCACCCACGCCAGUUUCACCCAGUGGGUUGUGUGGAGCGAAGAUGCUGAGCGUGUAUGUGUGUGGCUGUGGUACAUAGGUGAGACGGGGGCUGGGAACUUUGUAAUCAUUUGAAGAAUUGGAAAAAUGGAGGCAGAAGCAUUUCACUCCUAGCCGAAAGAACAAUUCUUGCACAACAUUUCUGACGUACUAGACUCUUCCUUUUACAUUGUUUUUCUUAGAUGAGCCACCCUACAAUUUAGAGUUGUUGCUUUUUUUUCUUUUUUUCUUUUAACGCUGUAGAGCAGGUUAGACACUGGGGAGAUAGAAAUGAUCUCUUCCCAAAGUUUAUUUUCCUAAUCAUUUGAGAAUACAGUAUUGGUUAUUAUUGCAGAAGCUUUUGGUAUUUUAAUUCAAAACCAUAAUUUGUGCUUACAUAAUUAUGUUUAAUGAAUCACAGAUAUCUCGGUGUACGCAUUAUAAAUUAAAAAAAAAUGGCCAGGAUGAAAUAUAAGGAUUAAUGAGCCCAGAGACCUCUUGAUUUGAUAAGAACUAACGUAUAGAAUGUAUUCCUGCCGACAGUUUAUUGCAAAUGAGACUGUUUAGUAGUAACUAUUCCAGUAUAUAAGACAGAGGGUAUGUAUUUGACCUUACAUAAGGUCAGUGCAUUUGUUUAGUUUUCCUGUGUAAUUUUGUAUACUUUGGAAAGCUAUUGUACACAUUAACCUUUAAAAGUAUUUAGUGUGGUGGGAGUAAUAAAACUUGAUAUAAAGGAUUUAAAUUUUCUUUGCUGAUAUAUAUCCUAUUGGGGGGAAGUCAGCUCUUGCCCUCCAACUAGAACUCUGAUUUCAUCACUGCUCUAUCAAAACAAGUUCCUGGUUUUAAGCUUCCAUGUGGAAGUUUAGCCAAUUUCUCUGUGUACACCUGUCCCAUUUCUGUUAUGUUUCCAGGGAGGCAAAGUUCUUGUAAAGACAGCUAGUAGACCUGCAGUUCCAGUUGUCUUCCGUCAUAUUUGUGGUGAAACUGAAUUUUUUUCUAAAAGAAAGGUGAUUUCACCUAAUGAUAAAACAUUGAUAAUUUAGCUUUAAUUUCUACUUCGCGGAAGUAUAAAGAAAGUGAAUGCUGCACUUUAAGGGAGUUGCUAUUAAAAGAACUGAUAUUAGAAAGAGAAACACAUGUUUGUCUUACUGAGCCAAUUAGAGGUUGUCUUACCACAUUGGUAACAUCAAGGAUGGUUUCAGGAAAGUCACACCCUACUUAACUCUUCUUAAAACUUAUUGAUGGUUUAGUUCUUAUGAGUUGCAAAUGGAAAAGUAAGAUUAUGUUAAACUCUUAUGAUGAGCAUGUAGGUACAGCUAAGCAUUUUGUGUUCCUUGUGUGUGUUAAACCAUUUUAUUUCUGUUCAGAGAGAUGUUACUGGAGAGAUGUUUUGGAUCUUCUCUCUUUUACUUGUUUUUAUUGUAAUCUUUGAGACUAGUGGUUGCAAAAUAUUUUCAUUACUCUGAAUGGGACUUUUGAAAAUUGCUUUUUGCCCCCCCCCAAUGCUUUUUCAUUAUUGGUCUCUCCUCAGAUAGCCAUUCUGAGAAAUACUACCUGUUUCCAUUUUUUUUCCUUCGUGUUUUGAGAGCUAGAAUUAGAGCCCAAAACUUACACUCUACUGAUAUUUUUUGCCUAAAAUUUAUCUUGCUUUCCAUAAUGUAAUCUCUGAUGAUUAGGGGACUUUAUUUACCAAAAUUCACAAGAACUAUGUGCUGGCCUUUGUAUUUAUAACCUUAUGAUUUGGAAGUGAUUGAUUUUGUUAAAUUUUUUUCUUAUUGCUAUUUUGUUAGUAGAUCUAUGCUGAAGCCGGAGUUUUGUGGCUUUUCUGUGUGUAGAGAUUUUGUGUGGGCUUGAACAUUUCCAUAUGGAGCUUUGUAUGUUUUUGGAAAACCACUCCCUUCUCUGGGUUCCCAGUGCAUUCAGGUUUACUGUUACAUGUAUUAAAUUUUUGUAUUUUCAUGUCUGUCUGUCCUCUCCUCUUGCCUGGCUUCAGGCUUCACUUUUUGUAUUUGCCCCAGUGUCUGUACAGUGUUGGGCCAUAAUAAGACUUGAAAUAUUGUUGAAUGACUGAAUGAGUAAACGACUAAUUAAAUGGCUGAGUGGAUACACCCAGAGAAAUGGUCCUUAAAUCUGUAUUUGCAACUAUUAUGCAAGCAGAGGUCCUUCCUCCCUCUUUCCCUUCCAUUCUUAAUCCAUUGACUUUCCACUGUUACAGAUUACUUUUGAGUAGGAUAACAAUAUAGUGGCCAAACUGGGAUACUUCUGAGACAUACAGGGAGUGCUGUAAAUAAUUAUGCCAGGGCACUGAGGGCUAUGAACUGAGACAUAUAGCCACCCCAUUUCUGAAGGACAUCCUUUAUUUACUUGUGACGUUUAUCAUCUUGCCUGAGAAAUUUGAUACUUGCUCCUUAACGUUUGCAAACUUUUCUAUUUGUAAACACUUCAUGCAGUCAAAUGUUGGGUGUCUUUUGCUUAGUCACUCAUGGUUUCCCAGUCCAGAGGCCUGUGGACAGCUCUUGGCCAUGCUUAACUUUUGUUUUCAUUGCUUACAGGGUAUUGUCACAGGGCUUUAUAUUUGCUUCAGCUGCUUAUAGCUGGAAGCAUUAUAUAUAUACUCUAGCCUUUGCUCUGUUUACUUCGGUCUCUUUUUCUAUGCAGCAUUUGGUCCAUCUUGUAAGAAAUUCACGUGAGUUCUUUUCGUUCUUGCUGUUUUUGAGAGGAGACCCAUUGAUAUCUUGCCAUGCCUUCAUGUUCAAAACAUUUGCCAGAAUCAAUUUCAAAUGUUAGAGAUUUAUAGAUUUUUUUAAAGUGUUCUAAAAAUGUCAUUUCAAAAGUGUAUUUUGGGAACUUUCAUAUUAUAAUGUGUUAAUUAUUUCUAAUGGGAGAUGGGGGUUACCGUAAUUUUUUAUUGGGUUCCUUUUUAAAGAGGGAAUAUUCUUAUACUAGUUUCUGGCCUUGUUCUUUUAAUUUAAAAAAAAAAUGUUCUCUUUUUCACCAUCUUCAUCAUUUUCUUAACCUUUGUGCACGGGUAGUAGGAAAUUAAUACACAAAAUAGUAAGCAGAGUCAAAAAUAGUAAAAAAUGAGAAAUGGAACAGAGCUUCUGGGUUUCGCCCUGUGUCACUCACUGCCUUGGACUUUGUUUGUAUUCUAUUUUUGCCUUGGCACUGGCAUAAUAGGGAUAAUCAGUUACUACACUUUGUUUACUAUGAAAUUACCAGCCAUGCCCUAGACUUCAACAUAAGCUCCCGUGCAAGAGUUAGAUGAUUUCUUUAAGACUCCUCUGCUUUCAAAUCUAGGGUGAAGUUUCAUGUAUAAAGCAAUGCCAGUGGGCUUUGGAGUCAGAUGGAUUGGGGCUCAGCUUCCUGCUCUGACCUUCAGAUAAUACUCGUCGAUCACAUACUUUACAGUGGGGAUAUGUUCCUCAUGGAGUGGUAAAGAUUAAAUGGUAUAAAUUGCAUAUAGCUUUUGACAUAUAGAAAGUGCUCAAAAAUGUUAGUUUCUUUUUAUUUUCCUUCUGCAUGAAAAAGUCCAUUUACUUAAAUAUUAAAUAAAUCAACUUGAACUUUAUGACGUUAUUUGGGAAAUUCUCAGGGGUGAUUAUAUUAAAUAAAAGCUUUUAUUGUUAGGUAAACAUUUGUGUGACAUUGCAGUUCACUUUAUGUUAAAACCAGAGGCUUCUUCAUUGGUGGAGUAGAACCAAGUCUUAAUUAUCUAGGUUUCUUGCUUACUCCAUUUGAAAAUAGUUUGUGGCAAAGAAAUGAAAGGGAGUGUAUCUGUUACAUAAAUCUAAAGAAGUUCCAAAGGCUGAAACAUGCUUCUCAGAAUGACAGUUCUUGGUGCAUUAACUGCUUCCAGUUUCUCAAGCUAUAAAAGCCAACACCUUUAAUUCAGUGAUUAUCCGGUUCCUUUGGAAAAAACUCUUCUGGACUGUAUUUGGAGUAGAGCAGAAAAAUUAUUAUGCCUGUGUUCCCUUGGGACUCCUUGGAAAUUGUACAGUGACAUCUUCUGGGAUUUAGCCUGAAUGAAGUGUCAGAGAAUCACUUCCUGCCUGUAGCUGCCUGUCAGGUUAGGAGUGUGCAGACUGGUGCCUAAAAUGGAAGUAGAUGUUAAUGGAGAGUCCAGAAGUGCCCUGAGCACCCUGCCCUUGCCCGUGGCCGAGGGGAGCUCCCCGGGAAGGGUGGAGGCAGAGAAGCCCCGCUGCUCCAGCACGCCGUGCUCCCCGAUGCGCCGGACUGUGUCAGGCUACCAGAUCCUGCACAUGGACUCGAACUAUCUGGUGGGCUUCACAACUGGUGAGGAACUCCUGAAGUUAGCCCAGAAGUGCACAGGAGGGGAAGAGAGUAAGGGCGAAGCCGUGCCUUCCUUGCGCUCCAAACAGCUGGAUGCAGGACUUGCCCGUUCCUCUCGUUUGUAUAAAACCAGAAGUAGGUACUACCAGCCAUACGAGAUUCCAGCUGUCAAUGGCAGGAGGCGAAGGCGGAUGCCCAGCUCAGGAGACAAGUGCACUAAAUCUUUACCGUAUGAACCUUAUAAGGCCCUCCAUGGGCCCCUGCCUCUUUGUCUUCUUAAAGGUAAGAGGGCUCACUCCAAAUCUCUGGACUACCUCAAUCUAGAUAAAAUGAACAUCAAGGAGCCGGCGGACACAGAAGUGCUACAGUACCAGCUUCAACACCUCACCCUCAGAGGGGACCGCGUGUUUGCUCGGAAUAACACAUGAAUGCCCUGCAGAGUGUAAAGCAGUUGAGGUCAGCCUACACUGGGCUAGAAAAACCCACUGUUGUGCUCUGUACAGGACUCUUCAUGUUAUAGAUGGUUAUAUCAGCUAAGUGCUCCAGGAACAUAACAAUUGUUGGGGUCAAAUUUUGGAUACAGAAAUGAAAUCACAGGUACUUGGGGGGAAAUUCUAGAGCACGCAACUGCAAAGAAAGCAGAAUGUUGACCAUUAGUUUAUGUGGCUUUUGAGCUAGGAUAAAAGGCUUUGGUACCGCGGGGUCAUCUAUGAUUCUGGCGCGCGAAUUGGGAAUGUUAUCUGCUUGGUUGUUGCUGACUUGGUCUGGUUGAUUAGAAAUUUAUAUCUUAAGUCCUCAAGUACUUCUUUAAUCUCUGUAUUUUACUAUAAAAUGUAUGUAAUGAUUUGUUUUAUGAAAUUUAGAACUUGAACAUUGCUGAAUUGGACCACUUUUUAUUUUUAAAUAUUGAGUUUAAAUAUUUUAUAACUGGUUUUGCACUGAAAAAAAUUAACAUUUCAGAUUGACAAGAGAAUAAUGUUUCUUCACUUGCCUCAAUAAUAUUAUUGAGCAAUGAAUUUUUUAAUUUCCGCAUGGAAAGUUAUUGAUCUCUAUGGCUGUAAGAUAUUUCUUUAUAGCGUUAUUAACGUGUGUCUUAAUAAAACUCAAUUUGGGAUACAAAGUAUUUAUUUUACAAUGGGUCGGGGGAAGCUUUUCCAGGAAGUUUCCAACAUGAAGUUUUCGUAAGUUGAAAAAGUUUCCUUCGUGCUUAUUUUCUAAUUUAAAAUUCAUCUGGAACUUUAAAAUGGAAAGGAUUCUUUUAGUUGUGGAUUCUAGGCAUAAUACUAUUUGCAUCUGAAUGUUCUAUAAGUGAAUGGAACUUUAAUAGAGGAACUCAUGAUUUCUACUAUUGAAUGCUUAACCGAAGUAUGAAGUGACUCCAGUCAGCAUGGCAUUGGGUCAUUCCAGUUUUAGUUUGGUGCAGAACAAGCACUCGUUGAAAUUCCAGUUUCUAGGAUUAGUAUAGGAGCCUAAAGUGCUUCUACAGUUUUAAUAGGUUAAUCCUGGAUUACUUAACAAUUUAUGUCAAUUGCACUGGUUUAAUUUGUUGCUAAAGAAAUAUUACCCUGGCUUUAGUAACAAAUACAGCUCAACUAUUCUUGAAUAUAUUUUGGAAAAAAAAAAAAGUAUGUAACUUAACCUUUUGUAAAAGUUUCUAUUUCUUCUAUUUGACUCUUGAAGGUGCAAUUUAUUACUGAAUUGGCAUUUCUGGCAGCAUAGAACUGCUUAUUUUAAAUUUUAUUUCGGAGGCUGUGAGUUUCUUAGGUGUUAGCAAUCUUGCUUAUAAAAUAAGAACACCUUUUAAUUCAGUGGGUCAUUCCUGGUGCAGUUGUGACUUUUCUUUCGCCAGGAUAAAUGACAAACUAUUUAGAGCAGAAUAAGUAUUAGGAAAUCCUAGGAACUCUUAAUCAACAUUUAUUAUGCUUUCAUUGAGGCAAAACAUGUGAAAGAACCUUGGCCCAUGUCUUACUAAGCUGAUCGGAUUUCUUAGUGGGCUGGAAAUUUUCAGCUGUUGAUAUUUUAAAGUAAAUUGCACCUUUGUAACAUAUUGUAUUGACUAAUGAUCAUUAAGAUGAACUAUAUCUAUACAGUCAUUAGUUUGACAAGAAAUAGAAUCCUGUCAGAUGCCAAAGAGUUGGGAUUUUUACUUUUAAUGAUUAAACAUCGUUAUUUAUUGAUGAUUUACCCUGUGGAACUGUGUUAUUUCUAACUAUGAAAUAAAAGGGUGAUGUAAACACA